CUGUUGUUUCCUCAAGUGGAGUUAGGGGGCAUGUGAGUCUUUAUUCCACCCAUGGCUCAGAAAGGGGAGUGUACAGGUGCCUGAGAGGGUCAGGUAUAGAAGAUGCCCAUAGCUGGCGUCCACUGGCAUUUGAGUCUGUGCUCCAUCUGGGAUACUUAUCGAGGGGCCCUGGGGAAUGGCUGUGACUCCUCCUGAUUUUGGACCCUUUGUGACUGGACCUCUGGGAAGCCUUUGAGCCUGUAGACUUCCAGAUGAUUCUCCUCCCUUUCUCAUGGAGUUUUCUCCUCCUCCUUGGGUCCCCCUGGUCUUGGCUCUUCUCAGAAGACUCACACUCCCUGGGGAGAUCCCACACACGUCUGUGGUUGGAACGACUGCUGAGGAUCUCCUGAGUGUUAGUCUGGGCUCAGGCUUGGUUUUGGCCUGAGUUCUCGGUUUCCGACUCCUGCAACCAGCUGCCUCUGGACCCCAGGAAUCUCAAACUGAGCAUGUCCAAAUCCAGAGGUCAUGGUCAGCCCUCAGUGUCCUCUUCCUCCUCCUCUUGUGUUUCCCUUCUAUCCCAGGAAUGCUCCCGGAAACCAAGGCAUGGAUUUGAGUACUAUCCUGGACGCCUCCCUCUUCCCUGCUUCCAUUCCCCCCUCCUGUCAGUCACCAACUUCUGCUCAUUUCACAUUCUAAAUACAUUGUCCGAUCUGCAGAGCCCCUCUUCUGUCCUUACCACUUCCUCGUGCAGGCCCUUGUCAUCUUUUUAAUUGGACUGUUGCAAUGGCCUUUUUCUAACUGGUGUCCCUGCCUUCAGUCUUGCCUCCAGCAAAUCCUCCAGCAAAUCCACCAGUCCUGGUGCCAGAGUGAUCUGAAAUGCACAUAAGACCUUGCCACUCCCCUGCUUAAAACCCACCACCCGCGGGGGUUCUGUAACCACAGUGUAGCCUCUGCUGUGGGCUGCAAGCACAAAACCAAGCUCUUUGAUCUCUGGAGAAGGAUCCUUUCCCUUCCUGCUUGGGUUCCACCUGCACCCUUUGACUUCGGGUGGAAACUGCUGUCUGAUCAGCCACCUUGCCCACACACCCUGGACAUCUGUGCUCUCUGACCCCUCUCUCCCCUCCUCCACCGUCAGGCCGGACCCCAGGUCCACCCCUCUGAAUCUUCUCAGUUGGCUUCCCCUUAGCCCCAGCUCUUUCCGCUGGGUUGCUGCUAUCUUUUUUUCUGUCCCAAAUAGUUCCCCUCCCCUCCCCCCCCACCAAAAAUCUUCAUUUCUUUCUCUGCCUUUAGUCCUCCAAAUCACUAGCCCAGCACUGGGCUUUCCUCCUCAGAAAUGCACUGUCUACAACCUGCUGUUUUAAACAAUCAUAUUUUGUCUUGGGAAGCCUACUGAAUUCCCCGAGAACUUUAAAAAUUCCUAUGAACCCCCCCCCAGCCUUGAGUCUCUGUCCCUGGGUCCUGUUCUGUUCCGCAGCCGUGCUGGUAUGUCCCACAUAGAACAACCCGCAGACAUCGUCCCCUUCUGCCCUCCCCACCAAGCUCCCCUGCCUUCCCUCACUUCCCAGUCUCCUCUGCUUCCGGCAGCUUUGGGACCCCUGCCCCUGGCUUCUCCUCCAUGCUGUAUGGAAUGAAGAUUGCGAAUCUGGCCUACGUCACCAAGACUCGGGUCAGGUUCUUCAGACUCGACCGCUGGGCCAACGUGUGGUUCCCAGAAAAGAGGAGAGUGAAGCUGGGGUCAGACAUCAGCAAACAGCACAAGUCACUGCUAGCCAAGAUUUUCUAUGACAGGGCUGAGUAUCUUCACGGGAAACAUGGGGUGGACGUGGAAGUCCAGGGGCCCCAUGAAGCCCGAGAGGGGCAGCUCCUUAUCCGCCUGGAUUUGAACCGCAAGGAGGUGCUGACCCUGAGGCUUCGGAACGGAGGAACUCAGCCUGUCACCCUCACUCACCUCUUCCCACUCUGCCGGACCCCCCAGUUUGCCUUCUACAAUGGAGAACAAGAGCUGCCCUGCCCCCUGGGCCCUGGCGAGUGCUAUGAGCUCCAUGUCCAUUGCAAGACCAGUUUUGUGGGCUACUUCCCGGCCACAGUGCUCUGGGAGCUGCUGGGCCCCGGGGAGCCGGGUUCAGAAGGAGCUGGUACCUUCUACAUCGCCCGAUUCUUGGCCGCUGUUGCCCACAGUCCCCUGGCUGCGCAGUUGAAGCCCACGACUCCCUUCAAGCGGACCCGGAUCACUGGAAACCCUGUAGUGACCAGCCGGAUAGAGGAAGGAGAGAGACCUGAUCGCGCUAAGGGCUAUGACCUGGAGCUGAGUAUGGCGCUGGGCACGUACUACCCACCCCCUCGCCUCCGGCAGCUACUCCCCAUCCUUCUUCAGGGGACAAGUAUCUUCACUGCCCCAAAGGAGAUCGCUGAGAUAAAGGCCCAGCUGGAGACAGGCCUGCAGUGGAGGAACUACGAGGUGAAACUCCGGCUCCUGCUGCACCUAGAGGAGCUACAGAUGGAACAUGACAUCCGGCACUACGACCUGGAGUCGGUGCCCAUGACGUGGGACCCCGCGGACCAGAACCCGAGGCUGCUUACCCUGGAGGUUCCCGGGGUGACCGAGAGCCGCCCCUCAGUGCUGCGGGGUGACCACCUGUUUGCACUUCUGUCUUCUGAGACCCAUCAGGAAAACCCUGUCACCUAUAAGGGCUUUGUCCAUAAGGUGGAAUUGGACCGUGUCAAGCUGAGCUUUUCCACGAGCCUCCUCAGCCGCUUUGUGGAUGGGCUGACCUUCAAGGUGAACUUCACCUUCAACCGCCAGCCCCUGCGCGUGCAGCACCGUGCCCUGGAGCUCACGGGGCGCUGGCCGCUGUGGCCCAUGCUCUUUCCUACGGCCUCCCGUGGGGUCCCGCUGCUGCCCUCAGAUGUGAAGCUCAAGCUGUACGACCGCAGUCUGGAGUCGAACCCUGAGCAGCUGCAGGCCAUGAAGUACAUUGUCACGGGCACUACCCGCCCAGCCCCCUACAUCAUCUUUGGGCCUCCAGGCACUGGCAAGACUGUCACCCUAGUGGAAGCCAUCAAGCAGGUGGUGAAACACUUGCCCAAAGCCCACAUCCUGGCCUGCGCUCCGUCCAACUCGGGGGCUGACCUCCUCUGUCAGCGGCUCCGGGUCCACCUGCCCAGCUCCAUCUACCGCCUCCUGGCCCCCAGCAGGGACAUCCGCAUGGUACCCGAGGACAUCAAGCCCUGCUGUAACUGGGAUCCAAAGAAGGGGGAUUAUGUGUUUCCCGCCAAGAAGAAGCUACAGGAAUAUCGAGUCUUGAUUACCACGCUCAUCACGGCCAGCAGGCUGGUCUCAGCUCAGUUUCCCAUCGAUCACUUCACACACAUCUUCAUCGACGAGGCUGGCCACUCCAUGGAGCCCGAGAGUCUGGUGGCCAUAGCAGGGCUGAUGGAAGUCAAGGAAACAGACAAUCCGGGAGGGCAGCUGGUGCUGGCAGGAGACCCUAGGCAGCUGGGGCCUGUGCUGCGCUCCCCGCUGACCCAGAAGCAUGGGCUGGGCUACUCCCUGCUGGAGCGGCUGCUGACCUACAACACCCUGUACAAGAAGGGCUCCAGUGGCUAUGACCCCCAGUUCAUAACCAAGCUGCUGCGCAACUACAGGUCCCACCCCACCAUACUGGACAUUCCUAACCGACUGUAUUAUGAAGGAGAGCUGCAGGCCUGUGCUGACGUUGUGGACCGAGAGCGCUUCUGCCGCUGGGAGGGUUUGCCUCGACAGGGCUUUCCCAUCAUCUUUCACGGCGUAAUGGGCAAGGACGAGCGUGAGGGCAACAGUCCAUCCUUCUUCAACCCAGAAGAGGCUGCCACAGUGACCUCCUACCUGAAGCAGCUCCUGGCCCCCUCCUCCAAGAAGGGCAAAGCCCGCCUGAGCCCUCGAAGCGUGGGCGUCAUCUCUCCUUAUCGGAAGCAGGUGGAAAAAAUCCGUCAUUGCAUCACCAAACUUGACAAGGAGCUUCGGGGACUGGAUGACAUCAAAGACUUGAAGGUGGGCUCCGUGGAAGAGUUCCAAGGCCAAGAACGCAGCGUCAUCCUCAUCUCCACCGUGCGGAGCAGCCAGAGCUUCGUGCAGCUGGAUCUGGACUUCAACCUCGGUUUCCUUAAGAACCCCAAGAGGUUCAACGUGGCUGUAACUCGGGCCAAGGCUUUGCUCAUCGUGGUGGGCAACCCGCUCCUCCUGGGCCAUGACCCUGACUGGAAAGUAUUCCUGGAGUUCUGUAAAGAAAACGGGGGGUACACUGGGUGCCCCUUCCCUGCCAAACUGGACCUGCAGCAGGGACAGAACUUGCUCCAGGGCCUGAGCAAGCUCAGGCCCUCUACCUCAGGGCCCCAAUGUCACGACUACCUCCCCCAGGAGCAGGAGGGAGAAGAUGGCCUGUCCCUGCAAGUAGAGCCAGAGUGGAGGAAUGAGCUCUGAAGACACAGGAGACCGCUUUCUCACACCAGCCAAGCCUUAACCACCCACCCGACCCUGAACCAGAACCCAGCCUGAACCAGAGCCCAGCCAAGCUGCCCCUCUGCAGGACAGGAAGACUGGGGGAGGGAGUUUACAAUCCACGCCAUUCCACCCCCUCCCCUGCUGGGGAGAAUGACACAUCAAGCUGCUAACAACUGGGGGAAGGGGGAGGAAGAAAAACUGAAAACAAAAAUCUUGUUCUAUGCAAAA